AUGAACGCGCCGACAAUGUCGAUAGAGACGGGCGUUGCAGGGCAAGCCCAACCCACGACGCUCUGGGGUCGGGCCAUCAAAUACAUCAAGGACGAAGCAACUUUCUUCCGCAUCCACCUUGCUGCUUUCACCUUCAUACCCCUCAUUUUCUCCGGAAUCUUUUACGCAUCCAAUGGGCGCUAUCACAUCAGCUACCUCGACUCGCUCUUUCUAUGCUAUUCGGCCAUGACAGUUACUGGAUUGUCGACGGUGAACCUUUCAACGCUCACAACGUGGCAGCAGGUUAUCCUAUACUUCCUCAUGUCGAUAGGCGACAUCACCAUCGUUUCAUGGACUAUGGUCUUGAUCAGAAAACGGUUCUUCAGAACUCACUGUGAAUAUAUCGUCGCGAAGCAGAGGAGGCAUUUUGGCAGGAGGCUCUUGCGCUCGAAAACUUUCUUCAUGAAGAAUAUUUCCUCACCAGUCUCUGUCGCCAAGCAAGGAGAACCUGCUCCGCGCCAGCCCAAAGACGCCGAAAAGACAGGCUUUGCAACGCCACAGGUCCAGGUCGUCAAUCCGACCCCAGGCGUUACAAGGGUUAACAGCACCGUGGAACUCAAGGACGACGACUACAUCCUUUCAGAUGCCCAAAACUUCACCACCUCACCCACUUCUGCGACUCGAGUGUUGACAAGCUCACCUCGCUCUGCCAAUCUUGUGCUUUCUCCUGAUUCCGAGCCAGCUGCCACUAUUCGGUCCCCAGUUGUCGAUUUUGCUCCGUCAACGACCAUCUCGCCAAGGAUCGCCCACUACCACCCCAUGAUGACCGAACAAAAUGGGCGGCCUGUCCCAAAACGCGGCGCCACGAUGCUCAGCAGCUCCAAAAUCCCCGACGUCCCAGGGUCAACCGGCGCAAAGAACCGCAAGUAUCAGGGAUUUGGAGGAUUCCCUGGCCCAGCUCAUCUCGUCCAUGAAGUGCUGAAGCUCACUGCCCCACACGCAACUCGCAACCUUCAGAGAAAAAUGACUAUGCCGAUGAUAACAACGCUCGAGGCAGAUAAAACACCAUGGGCGCGGCAGAUUCUGAAUGGACUGGUGGUUGGGCGGAAUUCGGAUUUUCGUACGGAUUCCCUGACGGAUGAGCAGCUAGAGGAGAUCGGAGGGGCGGAAUAUCGUGCGUUGAGAUUGUUGAGCUAUCUCGUCCCUACUUAUUUCGUCAUCAAUCAACUCUGCGCUGUGUUACUCUUCCUCCCUUGGCUAACAGUCGUGAAGACCUAUGACGGUGUGUUCGAAUCACAAUUCCGAUUGGUUUCCAAGUCUUGGUUUGCGUUCUUUCAAGUUAUGGGCGCGUAUACGGGUGGAGGACUCUCGCUCGUUGACCUAGGCAUGGUGCCGUUUCAAAGCGCCUACCUUAUGAUCAUCGCUAUGUCGAUCGUCAUUCUCGCCGGAAAUCAUGCCUUGCCUAUCUUCUUGCGUUUCGUUAUCUGGGUGCUGUCCAAGAUUGUUCAUCCAGAAUCCCAUUCUGAAGCUGCUCUUUCAUUUCUUCUCGACCAUCCUCGUCGAUGCUUUCUAUACCUGUUUCCCAGUCAUCAAACAUGGUUCCUUGUCAUCUGUCUCGUUUCGUUCAGCGCCAUAGAAUGGGUUGCAUUUCUUGUUCUCAAUAUAGGAAUACCAGCAUACGAGUCAAUGCCGACUGGUCCUCGAAUCAUCGCUGGGCUGUUUCAAGGACUCGCUGCGCGAGCUUCAGGAUUUGCGAUUGUGCCUCUAGCAAGCUUCGCACCUGCCUUACAGUUCCUUUAUGUGGUGAUGAUGUACAUUGCCGUCUAUCCUGUUGCCCUUAGUAUACGAUCGACGAACGUCUACGAAGAGAGGUCACUAGGAGUCUUCGAAGCACCUCCAGACGAUGAGGACGAGGAGCCCGACGACAUCAACAAACUUGGAACAAGGAGAGAGCGCGUUGGGCGGUACGUCGGGUGGCAUCUUCGAAGACAAAUGUCAAUUGAUAUCUGGUGGCUCGUCUGGGCCGUAUUCAUCGUUGCCAUAAUUGAACGCGGGAAUCUGCUCGACGAAUCGAAGAAGUGGUUUGACCUCUUCCGUGUCGUGUUCGAGCUUGUGUCAGCGUUUGGCGGCAUCGGACUCACUCUCGGGUUCCCAUCGAAUAACUUUUCAUUCGUCGGUGCGAUGUCGCCUCUCUCGAAGCUCGUCGUCAUUGUGAUUAUGGUUCGUGGACGUCACCGGGGCCUACCCGUCGCCGUCGACCGUGCCGUACUGCUACCCAAUGAGUUGGUCCCAAACAAGGAUGGACCGAAGUCACCGAGCCCUCUCCAACCAACCGCGCCACUGUCAAUAUUUUAA